AUGAAAGAAGUGUUAAAAAUCAUCGUUCUACUUACCUUCUUUCAAUUAUAUGAUGUAGCAACAAGUAGAAAGAUAAUUAAGAAAAUAUGGAUUCACAAGGGAUUCGAUCAUGAAUUUCUUCACGAAUUGUUCCCUUUAUCUAUACUUAAGGAAACAAUAACGCCCUUUGGAAAAGUGAGUGUGGAACAUUCCGUGGAAAAAAGAGAUCUGCAUGAGACAAAUCAUGUUCGCAAAGUGAGAGAAAGUCCUGAUACGGUAUUGAAUCCGGAUGCCGAAAAAUCAGGUGUUACCCAGCGUAAUCUAUUAACCGACAUCGUAUUAACGCGUGUCGAAUUUCAUAAGGGAAAGCCAGUUGAUUCUAUAAAAUUGCAUUCUCUUUUGUUUCCAUCGGAUGAAGAUGAAACUAAAGAAGCUUUAAAAUCCCCACUAAAAGAUGCAACUCCUGACUUAGAAGCUCAAGCUUCAUCUAAGGAGGUAGUCGAAACAGAAACUUUAAACAACCCCGAAAAAGGGUCUGAAAAACUAGUUGAAAGUGGUGGUGAAUCUGUGGCAGAUUUAAAGAGUGAAAAAAUUGUUGAACCAAAAUCAGAUGUUGAAAUCAUUGAUAAAGGGGAGGAGAAGAAGGAGCUAGAACAAUCAGAGAAAAAAUCUAACUUGGAAUUAAUAGAUGAAAAAGAAGUUGGAGCCGAUCCACCGCCUCCCAUAGAGCACGAGGCAGGGAAUAUUGAAAAUAGAGAUACGGAAGCCAAACCUGAAGACGUCGAAAUUAUACCCCCUAAACCUGAACCGAUUGUUGAAGAGGCUCUGAAACCAGUAGAGAGCUCCAUUCCAGUUAGCCCCUUACCUGAACCAGUAUAUAUUCCCUUGUAUACAAAUAUAAAAACACCUGAAGCCAUACCCCUAGAGCCAGUAGUACCGGUGGAGCCAGAAAAACCGGUAGUUCCUGAGGUUCCAGUAGUACCAGAGGUGCCAGUAGUAGUACCUCCACCACCACCACCACCACCAGUAGAGACGGAAACAACAGUAAUUGAAACAGAACAAUCUCCGGGUAUAUUCAGAAGAGGAUCGCGUUUUAUGUUAAAUGUAAGUUCUCGUAUUCUUAAGAAGUUGCUGAGACUUGUAUCCAGGGUGCAAGCGCGGCUGCCUCCUGUACCUGAAGCUUAG